UGCAAGAGUGGAGCUACCAAAGUGAGGCCACACAAAAAAGAAAAAGUGAGAUAAGAAAAUUUUCUCUCUUUGCAAAGACUAGAAGGGCGAUUCAGGUACAUAUUUCUCAAUUUGAAUUUGGCAAAAAUUUGAGUUUUUCUUCUUAAAAAAAAAAAAAAAACCCUCCUGUUCUCUUGUUUUGGAAUCGAGACAGGUCUAGUUUUUCUUCAUAUACGUAUAUAGUUUAGUUCAUUUUUUUUUGUUCCUGUUUUUCUCUUGGAUUUGUUCACUUCUUUCUUGUCUUGUAAAGCAUGGCAGCAGCUAUAGAUAUCUAUAAUAAUAAUAAUAAUAAUAGUAGUAGUUUCCUAGACCCGUGUAGUGAAGAGCUGAUGAAAGCACUUGAGCCUUUUAUGAAAAGUGAUUCAUCUAGCACUUCCUUAACCUCCUUUUCUCUAAUUUCUUCAUCAUCUACUCCUUCCACUUGUUCCUCUUACCCUUCACUUUCUUCUUCUUUCCCCAAUUUAUAUCCUAACUUUCCCUUAACACCAUCAAGCACCCAAAUGUUUUCCCACGAGUUCUCAAAUCAAGCCAGUUCAAUCAAACUGAACCAUCUCACCCCAUCUCAAAUUCUUCAGAUUCAAGCUCAAAUCCAUACUCAACAACAACAACAACAACACCAUAUAUCUAACAUGGCUGUAGCUUCCCUCCAAAAACAACACGCCCUCAACUUUCUUAGCCCAAAACCUGUCCCUAUGAAGCACGUAGGUGUUCCUACAAAACCAACAAAGCUUUACCGUGGGGUGAGACAGAGGCAUUGGGGAAAGUGGGUCGCUGAGAUAAGACUCCCAAAGAACCGUACCCGUCUCUGGCUUGGCACAUUUGAAACCGCUGAAGAAGCAGCUUUGGCAUAUGAUAACGCAGCUUUUAAACUAAGGGGUGAGCAUGCUAGGCUUAAUUUUCCUCAUCUACGCCACCAUGGAGCUCAUGUCUAUGGUGAUUUUGGGGACUACAAGCCUCUCCCUUCUUCAGUGGAUGCGAAGCUCCAAGCUAUUUGUCAAAGCUUGGUCAUCAAUUCGCAGGGGAAAACAGAAAAAAAUCCCUGUUCUGUUGUGGAUACAAAGCCUAAGGUGGAGUUUGAUAUGGCACAGUCCAACACCGAAUAUGGUUGUCCAGAGUUCGAGGAUUUUAAGGUCGAGAACCCAACAUCUUCGAUUUUGUCCGAUGAAUCAUCUGCUGGUUCGUCUUCCCCUGAAUCCGAUAUUACUUUCUUGGAUUUCUCGGGUUUUAAUGAAGAGGAAAAUCUUGGAUUGGACUUGAAGAAGUAUCCUUCGGUGGAGAUUGAUUGGGAAGCUAUCUGAGUCAUGAAUAAUUCACUUUAUUAUGUUAAAUGGUUUAGAUUUACUGUGUUUUAGGUUGCGUAUCUGGGUUUGUUUUUAUGUUGUAAUUUAGGUUUGGUUUUUGAUGUGUGUUGGGAGCAGCAGCUGCAAUGAAAUUUUUGAACAGUUGCAGUUGUUUUGCUGAGUCAGGUUAGUGUCCUAGAUCGGUGAGUCAUAGUUGUUAUAUAUGGUUCUCUUGGUAUGCUGGUGUUUUUUUUAUUCCUUGCAUGACCAUGGGAUCUUCAACUUGUGUGUCUUGGCUACUUGUUUUGUAGUUCAAAUGUAAUUAAAGUGCCUUCGAAUAUAUCAAAUACAAGU